CCAAUGGCGAAUUCUUUCAAUCUGUCACCUAGCGCCAAAGCGAGUGUAGCGCGUGGCCGGUGUACCAUUUUAUUUUUUUCAAUUUAACAUUACAGUGAUAUUUAAUUAAAUAUGAAUUUACCGGGAGAUAUACAGGCAGAAGUGCUUGGAAUUGUUUACGAGUUCCUUUUAUCCAUUAAUAAACCUCUCGCGCAGAAGUUUCAAGCUAAGACACAAGCGAAAGCGAAACCUGGUUUACCAUCACUGACAGAUAUAGUCGCACAAUACAAGAAACUCAACAAAAACGAUACUUCAGCAAAACAAAUAAAUAAAAAACAGACUGAAAGUUCAGAUGAUUCAAGUGAUGAAGAUGAACAGCCACAAAAGAAAACACCACAAGUUAAUGGAAAAACUCCAUCCAAGACAACUGUUCCCCCUUCGAAAAAGAAAGAAGAAUCUUCGGAUGACUCGGACAGUGAAGAUAAUGCAACACAGCAACCUAAAAAACAGCCUGUGAAGCCACAAGUUGCUAAUUCCAUACCAAAAGCUGUGAAAAAACAGGAAUCAUCUGAUGAUAGCUCGAACUCUGAGGAUGAAAAACCUAAGCAAGCACAGAAGCCAGUACCUAAAACAACUCCAGCUAAACAAACUCCUGUCCAAAAUAACAAAGCAGCAAAAAAAUCAUCUUCUGAAGAUAGUGAUGACAGUAGUGAUGAAGAACCAAAGCCCACACAAAAACAACCUACUAAAGCCACACCAGCAAAAGUCACUGCGGCUACACCUAAAGCAAAACCUAAACAGUCAUCUUCAGAUGAUAGUGAUGACAGUGAAGAUGAGAAACCUCAGCAAAAACCACAGUCUAAAGCUCCUGUUAAAGCCACACCAGUUAAACCUGCUGCAAAACAAUCCUCAUCUGAUGACAGUGAUGAUUCUGAAGAUGAAAAGCCAAAAACAGCACAGAAGCAGACCCCAAAAGGUAAGCAGACUCCAGUCAAACCUACUCCCAAAAAGGAAUCAUCGGAUGACAGUGACAGCAGUGAAGAUGAAAAACCCAAACCCAAUCAGAAACAACCACUAAAACCUCCAACUAAAGCUGCUGCCACACCAGCAAAGGCAAAGGAAUCAUCGGAUGAUAGUAGCGAUGAUGAGCCUAAAAACGCUCAAAAACCUACUGCAGCUAAACCUACUCAAACAGUAAAGGCAAAACAAGCUUCAUCAGAUAGUGAUGAUAGUAGUGACGAGGAGCCACCAAAAGUUAAAACACCAGUAAUAAAACCAACACCAGUUAAGAAACCUUCAAAGUCAUCAUCAUCUGAUGACAGCAGUGAUGAUGAUAAAAAGAAACCAGCUCCUAAACAGGCAGCUAAGGCAACACCUAAACCCAAGGCUAAGGAAUCUUCAUCAGAUGAUAGUGACAGUGAAGCUGAAAAGCCAAAACCAACACCAGCAGCAGUAAAAGCAAAAAAGGAAUCAUCAGAUGAUAGCGAUGAUAGUAGUGAUGAUGAUAAACCCAAGGCUGCCAAAGUGCCAAAACUCUCGGCUACUCCCGCUAAGUCAAUUAAUACACCAGCUAAGAAAAAGGAUUCAGAUUCAUCUGAUGACAGUGAUGAAGCUCCAUCUGCAACUAAGAUUGUUAAGAAAGCUCCUAAGGAAACUGAGGAGAAUACUCCGCAAGGAGGAGGCAAGAAAAGAAAAGCGUCUGAAAUGGAUGACACAACACCUGCUAAAAAACCAUACAGCAACUUUGUAAAGGGCACUGGUGUAGUGUCAACACCCAAUGAAUCUGAAAAGGUUAAUAAUAAACCAGUUCCAUUUCGAAGAGUUGUAUCAGAGAAAGUUGAAGUGGAUCCUAGACUUAAGGACAAUUCAUUUGAAGCCAAGAAAGGAGCGCGUGGCUCAUGGGGUGAGCGUGCAAGUAUGGAUUUGAAGCAUACACGCGGCAAGUCAUUCAAACAUGAAAAAACUAAGAAGAAAAGAGGGUCAUAUCGAGGUGGUGUUAUUGAUAUGGGGGUGCAUUCUAUUAAAUUUGAAGAUUAAUAAUUACCUUUGUUGUAAAAAAAUAUAUACAUCUAAACACCAGUGUUUCAGGACUUCUAGCAUUUAAUGUAGUAUUAAAAUAUCUAUAAUUGUCUUUUAGUCUUUAAGUUGUAGGUGUUAUUUACCUAAUAAUUGACAUUUAUUGUUAUAGUUACUAUGUGUACACGAAAGUAAUUAUAAACUUUUAGAUUUAUAAUUGUAAAUAUUCUACUUAAGCGUAAUUUCAAAUUGUAAAUAGGUAGUUAGGUCCUAGGGAGAAUUUUUUAUGCUUGUGUCUUACUCUUAAUUCAUACGCUAAUAUUUUUUGGUAAGGACCGCCUCUUGAUAAACAAGUGCAAAUGAUUUUAUUUUAAUAAAAUGUUCUGAAUAUAAA